AUGGUCAAGAAGAGGGCAUCCAACGGUCGCAACAAGAACGGCCGCGGCCACGUUAAGCCCGUGCGCUGCUCCAACUGCGCCCGUUGCACUCCCAAGGACAAGGCUAUCAAGCGUUUCACCAUCCGCAACAUGGUUGAGUCCGCUGCCAUCCGUGAUAUCUCCGAUGCCUCCGUCUUCGCCGAGUACGCCGUUCCCAAGAUGUACCUGAAGCUUCAGUACUGCGUCUCGUGCGCCAUUCACGGCAAGAUCGUCCGUGUCCGCUCCCGCGAGGGCCGCCGCAACCGCGCUCCCCCUCCCCGUAUCCGCUACAACAAGGACGGCAAGAAGCUGACCCCUCCCCAGGCUGGCAAGGCCAACUAA